AGUAUUUCAGACGGCAUGGGUUUGUUUGGAUAUCUUAACAAAAAUAUUUUAUUAGAUUGAAGAGUACUAUGGGAUGGGUUAAACUAGCUUUGCGCUUUGUCUGUUUUUAUUGUUAUUGUCUCAUUUAAGAACUACGGGGGAGAAAAAAAAAUCUAGCUCUGUGGGGAAAAAAAUAUCUCACCUUACAUCCACUAAAUAUACCCCACCGUCGGACUCACCCGGCUCAAGAUGGCCGCCGACACACCCAUUGGAUAAAACAUCUAGACAUCUAGCGUUUUAAUGUGAUAUCAAUGGUCAGAGCGCUGUACAGCCUGUAAAUUGAUGCCUUCAGAGCGCUACGGAAAUAUGAAUGAUCAUUCAUUAACUCAUUACGAGCCCCUCCCUUUUUACGUCCGUAGCCGCCAGUGGCAGUCAAUGAGUUAACCAAGAAAUGUAGAUGAAAGGUAUUUGUCAAAAUUCAAGAGGAGUUUGAUGGAAAUGACGUCGCCAUGAAAGAUUAUCAAGUUUCCGGAAACCCUGAACGCAGCACGGCUGAGACGAAGCCGGGCACAGCGAGCGACCAACGAAUACAACCAUUGUCUACUUUCAUUCCUUCACCAACCGUUUCUGGUGAGCACCAUGGACCAGAACGAAGACCAGAACCCGAAACCGGACCCGGUGGACACGGAAGUUCCGGAUGCUCCACCCGAGCUGGCUGGAGCUCGGGGUGAGGAGGCUGCAGCUGCGGAUGCUGCUGAUGCGACGGAGGCCGAAGUCAGCGAGGUGGUCCAGGAUGAGAAUCAGGAGAAGCAACCCAUGACCGCCGGGGGGGACCAACCCGGUUUCGCUUUGUCGGAGAAGAACGGUUGCGUGAAAGUCAAGUUAGAAGACGACGAGGACGAGAAGUUCACAGGGCUCAACAAGGAGGAGCUGAUGCGAGUGGCAGGCACACCAGGGUGGGUGCGUACCCGUUGGGCUUUGCUGGUUUUGUUCUGGCUGGGCUGGCUUGGCAUGCUCGGAGGCGCCGCGCUGCUCAUCGCACAAGCGCCACGCUGCCGAGAAUUGCCUGUCACCCACUGGUGGAACAAAGGGGCGCUCUACCGCAUCCCCAGCGUGCAGGCCUUCACCUACUCAGGAGACAUCGCAGGUGUGCGGCAAAAGGUGGACGCCUUGUACCAGCUGAAGUUUAAAGGUUUGGUCCUGGGGCCGGUCCACGUGGCCCCGCCCGAUGACGCCACAGCGCUGAGCUUUCAGGAGAUUGCUCCUGAAGCUGGAAGUCUGGAGCAGUUAAAGGAUCUUCUGGUAGUCGCACACAGGAAGGGGAUGUCUGUUGUUUUGGACCUGACACCGAACUACCUCGGCUCUAGCAGGUUCUGGUACUCCAACGCCAGCGUGACAGCGGUGGCCGAGAAACUGAAGUCUGCGUUAGUGUUCUGGUUCAGCGAGGGCGUGGACGGCGUUCAGCUAGCGGACGUGGAGUACGCGGCCGCCGUCGUGCCGUCGCUGUGGGAGGACAUCCGGGCCAUUGUCAGAAAUGGGACCAACGAACAACCUGCGAGGAGACUCCUGAUGGGCGUGAGUGAGCGCCGUUCGGCUGCGGGUGUCUCUGCCGUUCUGGCGUCCACCGGCGUGGACCUCCUGACGUCUGAGGUCCUCCUGGAUGACGACAUGGAGACGCUGGUCCAAUCCGUCCUGGAGUUGUACUCCGCUAACGGGCCGAUCGGGUUGGCCUGGAACCUGGGCGGGCGGAGUCAAGGUCACAUGGCCUCGCUUGUGAAACCAGAUUUGGUGCCGCUUUACCAGGUGUUGCUCUUCACGCUGCCUGGGACGCCCGUGCUGGAGUACGGCGACGAGAUCGGGCUGACGGAUGACGACAACAAGUUUCCAAAGAUGAUAUGGGACGACCCGGCGCAGAAAGAGGAGGAGAAGCUUAACGGCACCUUGAAGGAAGCCAUGGCCCGCCGUGCUUCUUCUCGUCUGUUGGUCCGCAGUCUGAGUGACCUACGCGCAAAAGAGCGCUCCCUGCUCUUCGGCGAUUUUGAUGUCAUCGCCAACUCGUCCAAAUCGCUGGUGUUCGUGCGCUCGUGGGACCGCAACGCUCGUUUCCUGGCCGCCUUCAACUGGGAGUCAGAGGAGGCUGGGCCCCUGGGCAGCCGGGGCCUCCCGCCGCUGGCCGAAGUGGUUGUCGCCACCGGCGGCACCCUCAAGGCAGGCGCCCACGUGGAACCCGCCAAGCUGCGUCUGGGCGCCGGGGAAGCGGUGCUGCUCAAGUUUCCCUAUGCUGGCUAGAGCCACAAAAAGUGGGCAUGAUGUCGUGGUGUUUGUUUGUUCGUUUCUUCUGUUUAAAUUGUACUGAAACAAAAGACAAAUAAAUGUAAACGUGACCUCAAUGGGG